AUGACCAUGAACAUGACCAAGAUCCACUAUCAAUUAAAAAAGGUAUGGGUUAAUGUUGAAGCUCAGGGCAGGAAAUACGGAUACAAGAAAGAAUGGGCAUGGAAGCGGGCUUUAGUCAAUAACAAUGCCUGGUGGAAUUCAACGCCAUUACUCGAGGUUCUCAAGCGACUAGGUGCUUCCAUCAGAAUUGGGCCGAUGCUGUCUCGCGACACCGUCAAAAGAAAACUCACCGAGGGCGACGGUAUGUCAUUCGCCGAGUUCACCUAUCCCCUCAUGCAGGGUUGGGAUUGGUGGCACAUGUUCCGCAGCCGAGGAGUUCAAAUGCAAAUUGGUGGCUCUGAUCAAUACGGGAACAUCGUCACAGGAAUUGAUACUGUCAAGAUUUGCCGAGCCAAUGAGCCAAACCCGGCCGAGAAACUCCCAGAGACUGAGUGGGAUGAUCCCGUGGGAUUCACAGUACCCCUCCUGACAGACUCAUCUGGGGUCAAAUUCGGCAAGAGUGCAGGCAAUGCUGUGUGGCUCGAUAAGUGGUUAACAAAUACGUUUGAUCUGUAUGGCUACUUCGUACGGCGGCCAGAUGCUGAUGUAGAGAAGCUACUGAAGCUUUUCACAUUUCUCCCGCUCGAGGAGAUCCAUGCAAAGGUGGAAGAGCACAACAUCGACCCUUCUAAGCGUGUAGCCCAGCAUCUUCUUGCCUACGAGGUGGUUAGCUUGGUGCAUGGCGAGGAAGCUGCCCGAGACGCUCAGGAGCAACAUCGAUCUAUGUACGGAAAACGCACGGUGACAGAUUCCGGCGAAACAUCAGAAUACUCUGCCGUAGAGGGACAUCCAACAACACUGAACAAUGCACCUCGAGUCGAUAUGCAGCUCCCUGAGUCUUUGAUUAUGGGCAAAUCCAUUGGACGCAUUCUGUACGCUGCGGGGCUAGCCAGCAGUACAUCAGAUGGCCAUAGACUUGCUCAGCAAAAGGGCGCCCAUAUCGGCGGAUCACCUGGGCAAAAGCCAAACGUCAACAAGGGUAUGCUCAUUGGGCAGCUUGACUUCACCCCAAUUGGUCUUUGGUUCCCUGAAGAUACUAAGAGGUUUCUCAUCGAUGGCAAAAUGCUAGUCUUACGAAAGGGCAAGCACAAUGUCAGAAUCAUAGAAAUGGUGAGCGACGAGGAGUGGGAGGCAUCCGGGAAGAAAUACCCAGGGCAACCAGGCACUGGCAAGAUCCGGCAACUACGGGACCAGCUUCAGUCGCUGAAAGAAGGCACCUACGAACCAAAUCCAGAUGAUCCUUCUGAGCCGAUGAUCGUCUUCCCCAAGCGGAAGAAUGUCCAGCAAUUAGAGGACAAGAUAGAGCAGCUUUCGAAGUCAUCACCUCAGGAGUCGUAA